AUGUCUAGCUCGACUCUUCCCCAGGUUAGCAGCAAAAGCGGGUACAUUUCUGCUACUUACCAUAUUAUUACUACCGAUGGGGCCGGCCCCGUGAGAGCCAUCAUUGAUCCUUCGAGAGCCGGUCAGUUUUCAAAGGGCACCGAGGCAGAAGUGAUGACACAGGUCCCGGGGGAAAAAGGAAAUAUUGCCCCUGGUCCACGGAGCAAUAACCACCCAAAGAGCGGCCACGGUAGUGGUCUCGGCGGCUUGGCUGGCAAACUACUUGGGAAACGAGCAUCGAACGUUGAUACGGACCAUCCUCUUCAAGUUGCUAUUCCCGCUGGGACUACCUGCCAAGGCUCCAUGAACGGCAUGCCUAAUAUGGCCGGCAAUGGUGCCAAUUCGACUAAUACCAAUGACGAGGUAGCUGGAGGCAGCGGAAAUGCCUCCAACAGCAAGGGAGGCAAUGCGAACAACGGCAAUAGUGAUAACUCCCAACAACGGGGCAGCCAACAACGGAGAAAAUGCAAGCGAUUACCACCCCCUUACAAAGACACGUUGUGUGCUCUUGCGCCAUGUAGUCGAGUAUAA